UUCUUGGUCGUGAAACUAACCUAAGAAGUGCUUUGAUAGGAUUGUCAAAAUUUGUAGAUAUUACCCCAUUUGAUAAAUAUGUUUAGAUCCGAACUGCAACCGGGCUUGCCGCUGCAUCACUUUCCAACGCCGACCCAACUGCAGGUUCUACAGCAAAGAGUCGAGGAUAACCAACAGCGUCGACCCCAGCCGCCCUUUGCCGCCCAGAACGUCCGAGCCCCAUCGGACGCAAGCGAUGACCGGCAUGAAGAGGUGGGGCUUUUCAUGAGACGAUGCUAUAUGACAGCCGGCCUAUUCAUCGUGGUCACAGCCUGGCAGUGGAUGAUCCUUUCGUAUGUGUUGAAACAGGACGGCGACUAUAUAAUCGGCGGAUUUAUCUGUCUCGUCAGCUCGUUCGCAGUUCUCGUUAUUUUAGCCAUUUGCGUGCAGUUUCGCCACAAUGUCGCAUGCGGUUACAUUUUGGGUUGGCUUUUCGUGGAGACGGCUGCCAUGGGAAUUGUUCUUAUGAUGCCCGAGCGCUCGUUGGAGCACAUCUGCCUUACCUUGUUGGUGGCUCUGUCGGUUUUGGUCUUCUGCUACUUGCUAGGCGCAUGGGUGCCCAAGGUGGUUCUGCCUGGAGAGAUCACAGUCUUCCUAUUUCUGGUUAUUUUUAUUGUGAUGAGUAUCAUUUUGCUGACUCUUUCUAUUGUGACGGAUCAGCCUAAAUACAAAACGCUAUACUUCGUCCUGUUGGCCGUCUUCCUGGUGCCCACAUCCGUUUACCACUCACAGGUCAUCCAUGGCCGUCGAUUUCGAGUGCCCUCCAAGGAAUUCAUCAACUUUGCCGUGUCAGUCUACGUGAAUUUCCUAAUGUUCUUCGCCUCCAUUUAUUAUAGUAUGUGGGCGUGGGAGUGGUAACAGCUCCUUGUGGCAAUAAAGGCUUCUGCGAUUUUUUACAAUUCGCAUAUUUUAUCGUUCUUGUUCUA